AUGGACAACGACAUGAAGAAAGAUACCGCGACUCUAGGAAGAAUCGACUCUCAGUCCCAGACCGACGCUGUCAAUGGCGACGACCUGCGCCUCGCCCAACUCGGGCAUACGCAGGAGUUGAAGAGACAGUUCUCGCUGCCUGCCCUAGGAGCUUUGUGUCUCUGUCUCAUGGCAACUUGGGAGGCGUUGUCGACAGUCGUUGCACCAGCUUUAGUGAGCGGAGGUGCCCCUUGUUUGUUCUACAAUCUCAUCAUUUCCACUAUUUGCACCAUUUGCAUCGCCUCAUCGCUCGGAGAGAUUGCUUCUAUUUAUCCGACUGCUGGAGGUCAAUAUCAUUGGGUCGCUGCUCUAUGCCCUCCAUCGACUCGAUCCGCAGCCGCAUUCACAACUGGUUGGAUUUCGGUGGGCGGCCAGGUCGUCCUGACCUCCUCGGCCGCCUUCGCAGCCGGCCUCCAGACCCAGGCCCUCAUUAUUCUCAAUGAUGAUUCGUACGUAACGGAAAGAUGGCAGGGCAUGCUGUUCUACUGGGCAAUCUUGGUGUACGGAAUGGUCAUGAACAUUUGGGGCCACAGACUUCUCCCCACCGCCAAUCUGAUGUCCGGUGUCCUCCAUGUCGUUGGUUUCCUGUCGAUCCUGAUAGUCUUGGGCGUCAUGGCGCCCAAGAACUCGGCCUCGUUCGUCUUUACAGAAUUCGUCAACUCCAGCGGCUGGGAAAGUGACGGCGUUUCAUGGCUUGUCGGACUCAUUAGUGCCGUCUAUCCUUUCCUCGGGUACGACGCCGCAUGCCACUUGGCCGAGGAAAUGCCCAACGCCAGCCGAAACGUCCCCAUCGCCAUGGUCGGCAGCGUCGUCGUGAACGGCAUCAUGGGUCUCGUCUACGGCACCGUGCUCCUCUUUUGCACCGGGCCCCUCGAGGCCCUCCUCUCGACCCCGACGGGAUUCCCCUUUAUGCAAAUCUUCAUGGACGUGACGAAGUCGUACGGCGGCGCCACCUUCAUGUCCCUCAUGAUCAUUCUCACCGCCGUGGCAGCCACCGUCGCCGGCAUCACGUCCACCUCGCGGACGCUGUGGGCCUUCGCCCGAGACAAGGCCACGCCCUACGACCACUACCUCAGCAAGGUCAACAAGCGCCAGCAAAUCCCCGUCCACUCCGUCGUCCUCGUCACCGUCCUUCAGAUGCUGCUCGGGUUCAUCUACCUCGGCAACACGACCGCCUUCAACGCCAUUCUGUCCAUGGCCAUCAUCGGGAUGUACUUGAGCUACAUCAUCCCCAUCGUGUACAUGCUGGUGCAUGGCAGGAAGAACUUGAGCCGUUCCGACUACGGCCCGUUCAAGUUGGGUCCUGUUCUGGGUCCCAUCUUGAACGUCAUCAGUUUGAUCUGGAUGACUGUGGUGAUCAUUUUCAGCACCUUUCCCUCGGCGAUGCCCGUCACCCCACAGAACAUGAACUACUCGAUUGUUGUGAUGGCCGGGUGGCUAGCCUUUGGCGUAAUCUACUACUUCUCCUUUGGUCGGAAAAAGUUCGAGGUACCGUCGGUUGACAACGUUGUAACCGGGGUCUCCGUUCACACAGAUGUGGCAGUUUAA